UGACAUCUCUAUCACCCAAAUCUCACAUUAUUAUAUAUAUUCUCCUUACAGCACAAAGAACAGAAGAGAUCAGAAGGAAAAAAAAAGCCUCACAUUAUUUAGCAUGAGUCAGUGGACAGUCCCAAACUUGAAUCAUCAUCAGCAUCAUCAUCAAUCUCAGCAAUCACAACAGCAAGAAGAUGCUACCCAUGUCCAUAAUUUUUCCCACAAAAACUCCACAUUGUUCAGCCAUAAUUAUCUUAUCCCCAUGCCAAAGUAUGAAGGUAUGGAGAGGACAUGGGAGAGUGGAGAUCAGCAAGCGGCAGCAAUAGAGGACCAUGGACAUUGUCAUGGGAAAGUGCUUCCUCAAAUGCCUUCAACGAAGCACUCAUGGAGCGAAUCCGAAGACACCCUCGAGUCUAUAGUUCAUAGUUCGCUGUCCAGGAAACGGACACGAUCCAACCCGGAAUGUUGGAAAGAUGAAACUUUGAUGACUGAGGCUUCUUUAGAAUCCCAUAGGACCUUCAAGUCUAAAAAUUCCAUUCAAGAUUUAGCUCUAGAACAUGAUGGCUCGGAGAAAGAAUAUAACAUGAAGGGAAAAACGGAUGGAAGCUGCUCGAAUAGACGAACUCGAACAGCUGCUAUUAAUCAUAAUCAGUACGAGAGAAGACGAAGAGAUCGAAUCAACCAGAGAAUGAAAGAUUUGCAAAAGUUGGUGCCAAAUGGUAGUAAGACUGAUAGAGCUUCACUUUUGGAUGACACAAUUCAAUACUUGAAGCAACUCCAAGCACAAGUUCAGUUCAUGGACAGCAUUAGAUCAGCUGUGCCACAGAUGGUCAUGCCUCUAGGAAUACAGCAGCAGCAGCUUCAAAUGUCGCUGCUUGCAGCUCGUAUGGGGCUGCUCGGCGCUGCUUCAAUGGCAUCCAGCUCCAGUUCCUUUCCUUGCGCUGCUACAUUUCCUCAAAUUCAACUGCCUUCCAUCGUCUCAACAACAAAGCCAAAAUCUAAACUUUCCACCCGCGCUUUUGUUCCUCCAACCGAUCCUUUCUGCACUUUUCUUGCACAAUCAAUGGAUAUGGAUUUCUACAGUAAGAUGGUGACACUAUAUUGCCAAGAAGUGAACAGAACACCUCAGCAGACAAGCAAACUAAUGCAAUCACAAAGAAUAGGAGGGGACAAGGAAGAUAUGCAUCAGAGCUAGCCAAAAGAAGCUCCAGGCCGAUUUGGUUGAAUCCAACAAAAACUAGUUUUAGUUGAAUAGUUAGAUAUGCCUCAUUUCAACCAAAUGUUCAAGGCUUUCUCUAGUAAUUUUGGUGGAUGGAAAUGACAUAUUCUAAUGAUAAUUUUCUUUUAGUUUUCC